GGGGGCAAGCACGCGCCCGGAAGUCCCGGGGGAGGGAAUGUUACGUAUAUCCGGCGAGUAGCUGGCGGUCCGGGUUGCUGCUGGGUUGUGUGCUCUGAGGGAGGGUCGAAGCCGCCCGCCGCCUCCGGAGGAACCCCCUAGGCCUGCAUCGAUGUGACAUUUUGAUCCAGAUUAUUGAUGGGACUGAUUUCCUAGAGGUUUUGCUAACUGGUAGACAGCAGUGGUGUAUCUAGGGAAUGUGAAUGAGCAGCUGCCUGGAGGAGUGAGUCACACAGAAAAAGAGGUAGUAAGCGUUAAUAAUGUCUUUCAUCUUUGAAUGGAUCUACAAUGGCUUCAGCAGUGUGCUCCAGUUCCUAGGACUCUACAAGAAAUCUGGAAAACUUGUAUUCUUGGGUUUGGACAAUGCAGGCAAAACCACUCUUCUGCACAUGCUCAAAGAUGACAGAUUGGGCCAACAUGUUCCAACAUUACAUCCAACAUCAGAAGAGCUGACAAUUGCUGGAAUGACUUUUACAACUUUUGAUCUUGGUGGGCAUGAGCAAGCACGUCGGGUUUGGAAAAAUUAUCUCCCAGCAAUUAAUGGGAUUGUCUUUCUGGUGGACUGUGCAGAUCAUUCUCGCCUCAUGGAAUCCAAAGUUGAGCUUAAUGCUUUAAUGACUGAUGAAACAAUAUCCAAUGUGCCAAUCCUUAUCUUGGGUAACAAAAUCGACAGAACAGAUGCAAUUAGUGAAGAAAAACUCCGUGAGAUAUUUGGGCUUUAUGGACAGACCACAGGAAAGGGGAAUGUGACCCUUAAGGAGCUGAAUGCCCGCCCCAUGGAAGUGUUCAUGUGCAGCGUGCUCAAGAGGCAAGGCUAUGGAGAGGGCUUCCGUUGGCUCUCCCAGUAUAUUGACUGAUGUUUGGACAGUGAAAAUAAAAGAGUUUUACUCCUCUGGACUGAUCCUAUUCACAACUUCCUCAUGAACUUUUCUAAUAGAACAAGGAAAGCUCUCCAACUAUGUCUGGCAUUGAGAAGCCAACAGUCUCUGUCAGCUCUCCCAUCGCCCAGUGGUGAUAUGUGCUCUUCUCCACACUGCCCGGAGGUAACGCUGCCCCAUGUGCUGGUGCAGGUCAGCAUCCUGGGACUUGGAAACUGGCAGGAUUUGCUGGGUAACGCUGUGUGCCAUCAUGGGGCACGGGAAAAGAAAAACACGUCUCACCACUGUGGUUAAUUUCAAAAGAAAGCGAUUCUAUUUUUUAAAGAAAGUGUUGUUAAUGUAAUUGGUUUCCCUCCUAACUUUCUGAGUUUACAAUUUACUUGGUCCAGAGUUUUCUAUUCCCUUUUUUUUUUUUUAAAUCUAGUGAAUGGCAUUUAGAUACUUCAUAAAAUUAUGCACAGAUACAUGUUGGAGGCUCGUCAAGUGAACUUAAUCUUGUUGAGUUAGCAGGUUGCUGAGAGAAGCUCCCCUGUCUGUUGAACUGCCUUAUAGCAGGUGGCAUCACCUUGUACACAGAGAACUAGGAAAGGGCAGAAUCCUGCCCUCGCAGUUCAAGCAGGUUUCCACUGUGGCAAGCUAGGGUUAUUCCUCAUCAUGGAGUGUAUAGCAGAUUAUUCACUGCAGAGGAGUUAAUUAUUGAGUGGGUUAUUAUUAUUACUUAUAAAGUUAAGAAUUUCAGCCCAUCUUUGCUUUUAACUGUUACAAAGUUUCAUUUCCCUAUAGCACCUUUUUCAUUUUCAGUUAUACAAAGUUGUUAUAUACUACAGAUGUGUGUCAUUUACUUUUGCACAUAUUCCAGGGGGAGUUUUUCUGAAUAGGAGAAUCGGUUUUUCUGAAUAGAAGGGCUCUUAAUUUUGUCACUUGAGAACUUAAAAAUCUGGUAGUGUAGCAUUUGGUUGAAUCUAAGAAAGAUUUACACAGUGGGCUUUAAAUUUUCCACUUGCAGAAUUUGGUCUCUUUAUUGGACUGUUCAUGAACUUACAUCAAUUUUCUUUGGUAUUUAAAGGUUAACAUCUGUAGCUUUUCCUUUUGUGUGUGUGUGUGAAAUUGCCUUUCUCUGUUCCAGAAAUAAGCUGGAGAAACUAAUCCAAGAAUCUUAUGUAGAGCUAUUUCUUUUGAGCCCAUAUCACUUAUUGUCAGUAAGCACCCAGUACAGAAGUCUCCGAAUCUCCAGUAGUGUGAUGAGGAUUAUUUUUAUAUCCUUAUUUCUUAAUGCCAUAUGUGAAAUUGGAUUUUCAUGAUCUUAACCAAUUUUCUACCCUUGCAGUAAAAGAUGAUGGGAAGGGAGAUGGUCUUAAGGGAGGAUAUCUUCAUUCCUUUUUCCUUUAAUGAAUGAUUAGAGGUAGUUUCCUCAAAAUUGAAAAUUGUUAUGAUGAUGCUUAUUUGCAGAGGAUUGAAUUCAGUGGAUUCUUGCUUCUAAUGUGAGGGGAGGGAAAGUGGAUAAUAUUCCUGGGGUGAGAGAGUAUCAUUCUUUAGUUGGAUUUCUCGUUGUUAGUCUUCAGUACUGACCUGUUGGGAAAGCAUACUUUUCACUGCCAGGUCCAAAUGUAGAGGCUCAGUGAAGUAUAAAUCUGGGAAGAGCAUGACUUUCAUUAACGAGCAAGUUUAGCUGGAUUAAGACAAAAUUGUUGGUUUGGAAAGGGGUUAAAGCCUUAAGUGAAUAAGUCUAGCUAAUGGUGAAAUAAUUAGGUAGUUAACCUUCAUACUUUUAAUUUCCUUUGGCUAAAGGUAAUCCAUACUUCUCUAUCCAGAGACAUGAAAAAUAUGAUUGUUUUAGUGUUUUUCCUGUUUUUGUUUUACCCCUAAUCACUUUGUAGCAAGCUAGAAAAUUAUGGCUUCUAUGCAGGGUGGCUCUUUGUGAAAGUGGUCUAUUUUGGCCACUGGAGAAAGAGGGGAUUGAAAAGUCAAGUAGCACUUGUCUAUUUCUUGGACCACAGAAAACAUUUCCUAUAAUAAAAUAGUAGAAAGAAGCUGCUGUUGAGCUUGGCUCCUAACAGCAGGGAUCAGAGCUUCGUACAGGAACUCCCAUGAAUUGAGACUUUUCAUUCUGUUUUAUCAGAGUGCAUAUAUGUCCUAUUUCAGGAAAAGUAAAACAGUCAUUUACAAAAGAAAGUCAAUCUGUAUCCUAAGCAUUUUAAUAAAAAGUUGAAACAAA